UUUUCUUGCAGACUUGCUGGAUUUGUGUAUGAAUAUUUGGUGCAUAAUGGUGCCACAAAAACUGCCGAAUCCUUCAAGGGCGAAAUGCUUGCGCAGAACAAUGCGUCCAAGCAAAUUAACAUUGGCGAUGCUCCGGGAUUCUUGCAAAAUUGUUUGUUUUGGGAUCUUUACUCAGCAGCUCCCGAGAGACGGGACACUUGUGAAGCAUCGCAGGAAGCCAAAGCUUUCCAUGAAUACGGGUUUAUGAACACAGCACAUGGCGUACCGCCGCCGGGACCAGCCGGCGCUCCUCUGAUGAACGGAAUGCACGGAUCUCAUCUGUUCCCGUCAGCAGCAGCCAGUCCACUAGGCAUGGGCCCAGGACCAGAUGGACUGAUGCCGGCCGGAUACUAUCCGCCACGAACCGGGCAGCCAGGGCCCUCAGGCUCCACCAGUCAGUCGUCGCCCAUUUCAGGAGUGCCGCCUUCGGCAAGUUUCGCUCCGGUUCCGCCGCGCUACGGAAUGCCGUCGAGGAAUGGUCCGCCGGGCCCGGCCGGCAUGCCUCCUGGUGCCGGAUUUCCAGGGGCCGGUCCUCACAUGUUUGGCGAACAGAUGCGGCCCAUGCAGCCACAGCGACUACCUCCGAGUGCUGGCCCAAUGCGCAUGCCUACGGUACGUCGCAGCACUUGA